AUGAACCCUUGGAACUUCGUAAAAUAUACACACUACUGUGACGUAUAUUUUAUGUUGUACGUUAUUAUAGUAAAGGUGGUCUUAGGGCAGCAAUCACAGCAAUGCCUUCCACCACGCUAUCCUCCACACGGUUGUGUGGAGACAGUAACGACCGUUCCCGCGGCACCUGCGGAUGUUAACACAUUGCUGCAGCUGGCAUCUUUGAUUAACAAAAUUGAAAACGGCGACAAGAACAAUAUUGCCAGUACAGAGGGUAUUAUUACCAGAUUGAUUGACGCUCUCAUUUUGGUUGCAACCAAGAAUAAAUGUGCAUCUAAUGGCAGGGAUCUGCUCAAUGUAGACCUUGGUGGUAACGACCUUCUAAGUAUUCUAUAA